AUGUUCACGCUAUCUUUGCGUCGAGCUGGCCCGGCAGCGGCGAGGGCCAUUGCAUGGGAAUCCGCUACGACGCCCACCAAGAGUCAUACUUCCAGAGUCAACGGUGUUAUCUUCGGCUCACUGAUAGCAAUUCUCGUGUUUCUAUGCAUGAUGGCCCUCGACCGGCUGUACAACCCACAGGUCAAGCGCAUCAGGAUAGCUCCAUGGUCCGGAGGCUACUCUCUUGGAACUUCGAAUCGCCCGCCGCUCCAACGACUCGGGUUGAACGGAGACCCACACGGGCCGUCAAGACUCUAUCGCCAUGAAAUUGAGCGCUUAAAAAAGCAAAUUCGCGAUCAGGCGGAAGAUAUGGUCAUCUUGGAUUUUCAGUGGCAGGAAGAACGUACACAGGCAGAAGAGGCGCAGAGGCUCAAGCUGCAAAAGGAAACGGACCUUGUUCGACACGACUAUGAAACGCGCUUCGAGGAGCAGGCAGCGGACUUUCGAAGACAGGUCUCGAAUAUCACGAACGAGCUACAGAGGGAAAAGCAUGAACGUUUUCGACUCGUGGCUGAGCGAGAUGCUGCGGCAGGGGAAGCUGAGAAUGCUCGCCGCGGUCACCAACAAGCAGAGCGUGAAAGAGAUGCCUGGGAAGCAUACUACCAAGGGCUUUACGAAGCGAAGGAGCUUCGGCUGAGAGAAGAUUACCGCGCAGAUGAGAAGCGUCUCGCGAAAAGUGUACAAGACCACAAAGAGCGCCUCGAAGAAGAGGCAGCUAGAAAAGCUCGGCAGCCCACAAGAAAGUUAGGUGCUACGAAAUCCGCUGCAGAAACCCCAGAUCACGGCUCCCAGGCGCAGGCGCAGCAAGAAGCAGCGACAUCAGCUAUGGAAGAGGCUCGUGGCACAUCAGGACUCGGUUCCACCGGACAGCACCAGCACCGACCACUAGCUCCCUCCAAAGGUAGAAGCACUGUGGUCACUCCAACAUGGGAGCGCAAGCAGCCAAGAUCACCAAAAGGGAAGGGCAGGGCGACUGAAGUGAAGUUGGAUAAUGACAGGCCCGCCGACAGCUUCAAGGGUGGAAUCUUAGAACAGUCGCAGCAAAACGCGUCAACAGCAUCGGUCUCUUCAAUCGCGGGUAACGACAUGAUGGACACUACAGGGGCGUCUAUGCAGUCAGAUGGUUGCGAAAAAAGGGACACAGGCCUGCAGCCUCCGCUUGAUAAUCAAGAGUCACCUAAUGUCGCAGAAGACGAGCAGAACAUGCUUGGUCUUGAUGAAGAGCCGGACAAGAACGAAGACCGGAAGACAGAGGACGAAGGAGAAGGAGAAAGUGAGAAAGAGGAUGAUGAUGAUGAUGAUGACAAAGUUGAUGUCCCAGAGCACAAAGCCUCCCGACCGAAUGAUGAAGAGCAGACACCAGACGAUGAAGCAGACGACAGCGACGAAGACGAUGGUUCAGGAGAGAACGAUGGUAGUGGCGCUGGCGGAGCAAUUGCAGCUCCAGCCUCUGCCUCUGCCAAUCUUCUAGAAUCCGUUGAUCCAUCAUUAUCAAUGCAACAGCAGCAGCAGCCGCAGCAGCCGCCGCAGCAACAUCCGUCACUGGACGAAGAUCUCGACAUGGACGAUUGGGAUCAAGUGUAUCGGCCUGGCACUCCAGAUGAAGAUCUACCACCUGCUCCAUUCAAGGAAGAACAGAACACCUCACAAUGGCAAGAGAAUAUACCACAGUUGGAGCAGAUGAGCUCACAAUUUGGAGACAUGGUAUUCAGUGGUGAUGGCUGGACUGGAGAUCUUAACAUUGGCCAGAGCUCCCAACCACCACCGUCGACUGAAGCACCCUCUUUGCACGAAGCGCCCACUCGGGAUCAAGAAGUGGAGAUGAGCGAUGACUGUUUGCUCGAGGACCACUUUACUGGUCCUGGAUAUGAAGCUCAACAGCAAGCGAACGGGUACAGUUCUCAAGAUCAGGAGGGUGUUAAGACGGCACAAAAUGAAGUGCAUCCGACGCAGAGUGCAGAAGAGGAGAUGCAAGACAUUUUCCCACAUUCUUUUAUUGAUGGAGACCUUUCGGACGACGACCAGCUCAACGAGGGAGAGCAGCCUGGCUAUAAUACGCAACAGCCACCAAACACGACUGCUGACCAAAUUGAGAAUACUGUGCUUCCAGAACCCCUGGACGGCCUGAGAACUCAACAUGCUGGGCACGGACAGCUGCCUGGAGAUGGCACGCAACAGAUUCCGAGCGAACAAUCUGGGUCACUUGGAGGUCGGUCUAAUUCAGCCCCAGAGUCUCCUCCUGAUCAGAGCACAACGCUUCAAUCUUCCGGCGAUCAGCCGCACUGGGCCAAUGAGAAUCUAUCACAGAAUGGAGAAAGCACUGCGAGUCUUCGGAUCUCGACUACGGAGUCUUUAGAUGCUCCUGAUGAGGACGAAGACGAGGAGCUUGGAUUGGUAGAUGUCGAUCUCGACCAGGACAAGCGCCCAAAGAAGCCAAGCGAGGAGGAAUCGACCGACAUCAACACGGAAACGCCACAGGAGUUUCCGCAGGCGAGUGUCCCGACAUUCGAUCCGCGCGCCGAAUCCAACUCAGCGCAAGAGAAAGACGGCGCUCGAGAUUCCUCAAAUUUCUUUGGGGACAUUCCUCAGAACUUCAAAUUCGGGAGAAAGGUAGCAAAGCUGCGUGUCCGUAGCGAGAAGGAGAAGGAGGCUUUCCAGAAGAAAUUGGAGGAAGGACAACGUAGAGAAAAGGAAGAAGAAGAAUUGCGCGGGAGGAAAGCCAAGGAAGAAGAGAACUUGCGAGAGUUCAGGAGAAGAAGGGACGAGGAGGCGGCGGCGGAGCGUGUGAGAGCUGCAGAGGAGGAAGAGUCAGAUGAGGAUGAACCUACAUCUCAGCCUGAGCCUCCGGGUGUAGCAUCCCGCUGGUCUCAGCCAGAUUACCAACAAGCAGCUGCCUCUGCCUACACCGUGCAAAUGGGUCCAGUGGGCAAGAAGUACGAUCCUUUUGCGCGUAUCGGGACAGCGUCGAAUACGCCCUCUCCUGCCCGGACCGGGCCAGUUACCAGGCCACCUGCUCCUUGGUACACGUCGCUUACGCCUCCGCAAGGCCCAGUCACUGCACCACCGGCGUUUCGGACAAGUCAGCUUUCGCGAAACCCAAGCAUUCAGCCGUCGAAGGCGGCUCACACCACCCCAGACGACAAGGACGCAGAUCAAGGGAUGUCGGACGAAUCCGAUGAAGAUGAAGGCGAAGAGGACAACAGUGCAGCAAAUCGCAACCAACCGAGCGGCACCCAUGGGACGGCAUUUGCCAGCAACAAGGAUGACCUGACGGUAGAGAAUAAGAAUAAGGACGAUGAGGACGACGAGGACGAUGUUGAGGACGAAUGUGGUCAAUGCGGCGGAUUUGACAACAACCACAAGCCAGACUGCAAGGGGGUCGCGCCACCGGAGCCGGCUAGUAAGCCAGAGCAAGACAGUGAGCCCGAAGACUGUGACGAUAUUAGUGAGGAUGACAGCGAGGAUGAUCUCACGAAGCUGCACAGAAUGGAGUUCCCAGACGAGGAUCCGUAUCAGAGCGGAGAGGAUGAGAGACAGGACUAG